AUGUCCUUGGUUGCUCCCGCGCUGCCGUUCAAGGCAGUCGCACCCGCGCGCAUCAUCUCCGGGUCCUUACAGUGCCGGCGACGGAACAUAUCGCAUUCAUCGAGACCGAAUCCGAAGAGGCCUUCGAUCAAGCCACAACUACACCAGCAGCAUGCGCCGCGGAUACGGCUCUUUCACGCAACAACCCCCUCACAAGCCGUCGCAGACCCAUAUGCCGCUCUAGGUGUGUCGAAAAGUGCUUCCGCUUCCGAGAUCAAGAAGGCGUACUACGGUCUCGCAAAGAAAUACCACCCGGAUACGAACAAGGACGCCUCCGCAAAAGACAAGUUCGCCGCCGCGCAGUCCGCUUACGAAAUUCUCUCUGACGAAUCCAAGAAGAAGGCCUACGACUCAUACGGUUCCGCUGCGUUCGAUUCAAGUGGUGGCUUCAAUCCAGGAGCUGGGGCCUCAGGGCCGGGCGGCAACCCAUUCGGCGGCGGUUUUGGUGGAUUUGGGGGGUUUGGCGGGGGAGGUUUCCAGGGUGGCUUCGCGCAAGACAUCAAUAUUGAAGAUUUGUUCAGCGCUUUUGGAGGUGGCGGCAGGCGAGGCAGAGGACGGAGAAGCCCAUUCGAGGAGGAAAUCUUGGUUGGAGACAACAUCGAGGUGCAGACGAGCAUCUCGUUCAUGGAUGCUGCCAAAGGUGUGACCAAGGACAUAUACAUCACGCCAAUGGUGGAGUGCAAGACUUGCACGGGUAGCGGGUUGAAGAAGGGUGCCAAGAAAGCAGAGUGCAAGAGCUGCGGCGGCACGGGGCAGAGGGUGACGAGCAUGGGCGGUUUCCACAUGAGCGCGACAUGCUCGAGCUGUGGUGGUUCCGGUAUGGCAGUACCCCGCGGCUCCUCGUGCGGAACUUGUGGCGGAGACGGUGCAGUCAAAGAACGGAAGACGGUCACAGUGGAUAUCCCUGGAGGCGUAGAAGAUGGCAUGCGAUUGCGAGUCAGCGGCGAAGGAGACGCACCGCUCACCGGACAAGCAAUUGGCUCGAAUGUGAGGGGUACGAAGGGCGACCUCUACGUCCUGAUCCGUGUAGCCUCUGAUCCGAAGUUCAAACGCGCAGGCUCCGACAUCCUUCACACUGCGACUAUACCCCUGACUACUGCCGUGUUGGGUGGAGAGAUCAAGGUACCGACGCUCGAUGGCGAGGUCAUGGUCAAGGUACCAACGGGUUCUGGCACAGGCGAUAAGGUGACGCUAUCCGGCAUGGGCAUGAAGGUUCUAUCUGGGCGACGGAACGCGAAAGGUGAUUUGAAGGUCGAGUUCAAAGUCAACAUGCCCAAGUACUUAAGUCAGAACCAGCGGACCAUUCUUGAGAUGCUGGCCGACGAGAUGGGCGACAAGACGGCGAAGAGGAUGAUCGUGAACAAAAUGAGGGGCGACGCAGAGAAGCCGGCAGCUGGCGACCACAAGAAUGAAGGAUUCCUCAAGCACGCAUGGCACAACAUCACCGGGCAACACAAAGAGACGUCGAAGAAGGAGGAUUUGAAGAAUGAAGAAGAAGAAAAGAAGAAAGCAUCUGGAUCGGGUUAA